AUGGAGUUUAACCUUCAACAGACAUGCAGACCGGAUUUAAAGCGUAAGUUCGAAGAUGUAGAUUCGAAUGGAGUGUCAGAUCAACGACAGGAUACUGAUGGGAAGGGGGAAAUUCUACGAAACAAAGCUUCCAAGGUCAAUCAAAACAAUGAGGAAAUACAGCUUCCGAGUGAAAUGCCUCAGUUCAAUUUCUUUAAAUUCUGCUACCGUCAUAAUCCAGAUAUUCAACACACUUGUAAGGAUUCGAUGGUUUUCCAAGAUCAGGUACGGUCGGAGAAGUGGAUGGAGAAAAUGAAAGCUUUGGACAAGGAAUCAGACCGAGCAAUUAUCAAACAAACGCUAGACAAUUUCCAGCAUAGCAAUGAUAAGAUACGAAGAUUAAUGCUGGAAGGAAUAUUACAGCUUUGUUGUUUUCCCCAGCUAUCUUAUAUUGCUGAUGAGGUAAAACAAUUGAUUAAGAUCGAUUUCAUUUCAACCUUACCAGAGGAACUUUCUUUGAAAAUUUUAGGUUACCUUGACUGUCAGUCUCUUUGCAUCGCCUCGCUAACAUGUAAGAGGUGGAAAACACUAGCUGAUGACGAUAGGGUAUGGUACCAUAUGUGCGAACAGCAUAUUGAUAGAAAAUGUCCAAACUGUGGAUGGGGUCUACCCUUACUCCAUAUGAAGAGGGCAAGAUACUUACCUGUAAAUGAAGCACAUGUCCAUAAUCAAAACGGCAAUCAAUUCCAAAAUGUUGCAAACGGCAACGGGAAUGAAAUUGGAGGCGGAAAGUCACUAAUCAAUCCUGGCAACUCUCCCAACCAAACUGUUGCCGCUAGGGCUAGGAAUAGCAGGUACUAUACGAGACCCUGGAAAGUAAUAUAUAGGGAACGGUUCCAAGUGGAAUCCAAUUGGAGAAAUGGAAGAUGUAGAAUUCAGCUCUUCAAAGGCCAUAUGGAUGGGGUAUUGUCAUUAAAGUUCAACCACAGACUGCUUUUCACUGGGUCAUACGAUUCAACGGUGGCUAUAUGGGACACAAAAUCUGGUAAUUUGAUUAGAAGACUCACCGGGCACACGGAUGGUGUGAAGGGUAUUUAUUUUGAUGAUCAGAAAAUGAUCACAGCUUCUUUAGACAAGACAAUCAGAGUAUGGAACUACAUUACAGGGUCCUGUAUAUCAACUUAUAGAGGCCACCAGGAUUCUGUGCUAUCGGUGGAUUCAUACAAAAAAAUCAUUGUGAGUGCUUCUGCUGAUAAAACAGUUAAAGUGUGGCAUGUUGAAUCUAGGACUUGUUAUACGUUGCGGGGCCAUACGGAAUGGGUCAACUGUGUUAAACUACAUCCAAAAAGUUUCACUUGUUACAGUUCCAGUGACGACAAAACAUUAAGAAUGUGGGAUAUCCGUACUAAUUCGUGUAUUAAAGUUUUCAGAGGACAUGUUGGUCAAGUGCAAAAAGUUAUUCCAUUAACGAUCAAAGACACAGAAAAUUUAGUGGUGGAUGAAAAAAUUGAAAAAGUACCCAACCCAGAGUUAGAAGAAGAUUUUGCAGAUGACUGUACAGGAAUAUUCGAUCCGAAUUUGAAAUACCCUACACAUUUGCUUUCAUGUUCAUUGGAUAACACCAUCAAACUCUGGGAAGUCAGUUCAGGUAGAUGCAUUAGAACUCAAUUUGGACAUGUUGAAGGUGUUUGGGAUAUCGCUGCUGAUAACUUCAGAAUUGUCAGUGGCUCUCACGAUAAGAGCAUCAAAGUUUGGGAUCUUCAAAAUGGUAAAUGCAUACAAACUUUUACAGGACACAAGGCUCCUAUUGUAUGUGUAGGAAUUGGUGACAGUUCAUUUGUUAGCGGAGACGAGCUGGGCGAAGUGAAAAUGUGGCAUUUUGAUGAUAUUUGA